AUGAUUGAGAAAGUCAUUCGUGGGGUUUUACGGUAUUCAGCCUCUUUAAGUUCUGCCAAUAAGACUCUGUAUGCUCAGGUAGCUGAAAAAGUGCAGCCAAGCUGCAUUUUCAUUACCUGCAUGGACAGUCGGGUAUUUCCAUCCAACAUUGCUUCCAUUGCGCCUGGUGAAAGUUUCAUUGUUAGAAAUGCAGGCAAUAUUGUUCCCCAUUCUAAACUUAUAUACGAACGUUGGACACCAGCAGAGGCUGCUGCUUUAGAACUAGCUUGUGUUCGCAAUCAAGUCAGCUCUGUUGUGGUGUGUGGACACUCCGAUUGUAAGGCGAUGGACGGAUUGCACUCUUUAGGCGGAACUGCGCCUAGUGAAUCAUCGUUUGUGUUAGACUGGAUCUAUCGAUUUGCUAGUCAGACUUACACUAAAUGGGAAAAGACGACACUCGUUGAUCGAUCGAAUAGCGACCAACCAUUGCAUUUAGAAUUUAAUGAAAACGGUUUAAAAUUCGAAGCUAAUAUUAACCAAAACCUAUUGCCAAAGGACCAGUUAUCUCAGAUUAAUACGUUGCAGCAACUUUUACACGUCAAUUCUUAUAGCUUUAUGAAGGAGAAAAUUGCAGCCGGAACCGUAAAGCUAUACUCGUUGUGGUUUGAUAUUAAAGAUGCAACUUGUUAUGUUUUUAAUAAAAGAGAUAAGUUAUUUCAGCCUAUUGUAAGUGAGGAAAUGUUAAAGUCUGUUUCGGAAUUUCAGAUUAAUCAAAAAUAG